GAAAACCAAAAUGGCCGACGUUGGUGAAGAAGACUUGAUGGAAAGCGACUCUGAAAUAUCAGAUGAUGAGCUUCAAAGAGAUUUCGCAAGAGGAAAACUUCAAGUCGGUUUGAACAGAAUUCAGCCCCAAACCAAGACACGUGCUCUGUACAACAAUGUCCCCGGCAUGAAGCAAAAGCUGGAACAGAUCUCUCAAGAGCUUGACUGGAUUGAAAGAAUGGAUGUCACGAUCACCAGAGAGGAAGACGAUGAGCUGGAAAGUUUAAAGACGCCUACAACAUCCACAGUUUCCAAUGAAAAAAGCAUUCAUGACGACUUCCAACGAGAAAUGAGAUUCUACAGGCAAGCACGGGCUGCAGUGAAUGAAGCACUUCCCAAGUUGAACAAACUUGGUGUAGGAACCAAACGACCUGAAGAUUACUUUGCAGAAAUGGUGAAAACGGAUGAUCACAUGCAGAGGGUUAGAGCAAAGUUACUGAGCAAGCAGAAAGCCAUGGAGAGGUCUGAAAAGGCAAAGAAGCAACGAGAGCUGAAGAAAUUUGGCAAAAAGGUCCAACAAGAGGUUUUACAAAAGAGGCAGAAGGAAAAGAGAGAGAUGAUGGAAGCUGUGAAAAACUACAAAAAACGUGGCAAGAAUACUCCAGUUGGUGCAAAAUCAUCAACAGGAGGUGCUGAUGAAUUUCAAAUACAAACAGAGAGAGAGUCAUCAACCAUAAACAAAGGCAAAGUUGUUAAACGAGGAAAGAAUGCGAAGAGAAAAAGAAAGGAUUCGAAAUACGGUUUUGGAGGAGUAAAGAAAGGAUUGAAGAGAAAUUCGAAGCAAAGUUUUUCAGAUGUGAGCUCGUUCAACUCGUCAAAACACAGCAAAGCGCCAAGAGCAAAGGCUGGAAAUGCGGGAAAGAAGAGAAAGAACACGAGACCUGGAAAGUCUCGAAGGAAACAAAUGAAGAAAUGAACAGGGAGAAAAAUUCGAACAAAGAUAGAGACAACUUGAAUGUUAUUGACAGCCAAAGUACAUCGUCGAUUAACGAAAUGAACGUGAAUCUUUCUUGCGAAUUUUGUGUAUGAUAUAUUUGGUGAAUGAGAGCUAUCGUUGAGUAAAGGCAGUCUCAGGCAGUUCCAGAAUAACAAUAUAGUGUAUAGUUCCAGAAUAACAAUAUAGUGUAUUUGCCACGAAAACUGGCAUAAACUCCAGGAAUCUGAGAUCACCGAGCUUGCAAUGACUUAACAAUAUGAACAUUUAAAUUUUCGUUGAACUAAAAGCGUAAAUUUCUUUGUUUUGUGAA